AAAGGUGAGGGUGAUCACGAGGUUGUUUGGUACGAGGGCGCUUGCUACGGACUCGCAGUCCGUGAAAGUGAGACCCACCCUGUAGAACACGAAAGAGGGUUGCAAGUAGAAGCUCGGGCUAUUGUUUGGUUCAAUAAGUGUUUCGCGAAGGCGAAGUGA